AUGAAACAAGAAGAUAACAACCCAAAACCACCUAGUACAAGAACAAGAACAAAUAAAAGUGCUUCCUUACAAAGUACAAUGUUAUUUCAAAAUGAAGAACAAGAUAAAAUUUACAAACACAAGAUUAGGAAAUCUGGUAUGAUUUGUAAUACAAAUGAUAUAUUUAAAUUUGUGAGUCAAGUUAUUUCCAAAGAUUCCAAGAUUUUAUCACAAUUCUCAAAUGGAAUAUGUUUGAAAAUUAUUGCAUCAUCAAAUAAUUGUUUCAAGAAUUUUAACCCAAGGAAACAAUUUUUGGAAUUUGUCAAACCUGAUCAAAAUGUCUUGUGUAAAGUUUAUGAUUUUUAUCAAUCAAAAUACUUACACUUGGAACAAAGACAAAACAUCACGCGUGAUUAUGAUGAAUCAGAAUUAAACAUUCUAAGUUCUAUAAAAGAUAAAGAUUGGGAAUCUAUUUACGAAACCAUUAUAACAAGUUUCUUAAGAGAAUUCAUUGCUUUAAAAAGAAUAGAAGAUUGGAAUUCAUCUAGAGGUAAAGUUAAUCAAAUCAACACUCCAAAACUUUUACAAUAUUGUUGGCUUCAUGAUUUUUGGAUAAAUAGAGAUAAUACUUUUUAUGGACCAAUUUUAAUAUUUGAAAAUUUUGAAUUUAUAAAUGAUAAUAAAAUCAAUAAUAUUAGACGGGAACAUAAUUUUGCAAGACAAAUUAAGCUAUUGAAAUUGGCAGGUAUUGAUUUAGAAAGACAUGAAUUUUGUUUUGAUGAGAAUGAUGAAUGUUUUUUUAUUGAUUUUGGAUUGGCUUCAGUUGAUAAUGAUGAAAAUUUUAAUAAAUUUGAUUUAGAUGAAUUUAUUCCUGAAAACCAUUGA